AUUUGCAACCCCUUUAAGACAUGAAGGACGAAAAUGAAUGCAAUGCUGCAGGAGACAGGGACAUAUCGAACCACGAAAUAAAAUCGCAGAUUAUAAUUUUGGAGAAUAAAUUAAAAAUAGAGAAGGUGAAGUACAGACAGAACGUACUGAUCGAACAAAUAAAGAAGCUAAAGGAGUUGUACGUACAGAAUGAUCGGUACAACGCGCCCAUGGUGCAUGGCGUUGCCAAACUUGACAUUUCGGGUCAUGAUAAAACGUGUCAUAGCAGUCACGCACCUCAAAACGGGUGGAUACGUGAUGUGUCGGCGAAUCCUGCUAGUUCGUGUGAUACAAUUGUUUAUCUGGACAAGAAUAAUCUUCACAGCCUUAGAUCCGGUUUCAAAUAUAGCAAGGUAUGUGUGAAAAAUAUUUAUACGGAACAAUGCUUGGCAUUUGACUGCGAUGAGCUGACAAUAAACGCAUGCAGUAAUCUGAGGAUAACCACGAAUGUGUCCGGUUCAAUAUUUAUUGAGAAUGUCCAAGAAAGUGCCUUGAAAAUCAAUGCUGGACAGAUCAGGCUGGUAGGUUGCCGCGAUCUUAAAUUAAUGGUAUACACUAAAUCAGGAAUUUCUAUUGAAAACUCGGAGCGAAUUAUCAUUGAGGAAUGGAAGAUACAAAAUGUUAAACAUGAAAAUUUAUUCUGGAAGGUCAACGAUUUCAGUGAUCCGUUCGGGGAUAAGAACUACACCGUGAUUUGUUGAUGAGAGCGGGGUGUCGACAUGUAUGCUUUACUCUCAUCAGUGGAGUCAGACCUUUGUUUAUAAUAGAUGUUUUUGCUUUGCAUUUUACCGGUACUGAUUGCAAACAAUUGAAUUCAAUUUACAGGCCCUCAAACACGCUGUUGCUGCAAUUGAAGUAUCGAAUUGUUGAGGUUAUUGUUCAUCGCGAUCAAUUUUUUGAGUUCAUUUUUGCUUUCUUUAUGUUGGCCAGCAACAUUACUUAGAACUGUGCUCAGUUUUCUUGAGCACGCAAACAGCUGUGCAAUAUUUUCCCUGUUCAACUCACCAUUCUGGUCCUUUAUUUGCAUAUAAUGCUUUAUUUUAACCGCUUCUUUCAGAAUGUCUUGGUUGUUUAGUUUCCUUCCCAAUUCUACACCAUUGUUCCCGAUUUGUUUGGUAAGGUUAACGAUGGUUAUAACGAGAGAAUCUUGAUCGGGAGCUUCUUCUUGCGUGCUUUCCGGGAAUAACACGAAACAGAGGAACACGAUGAAUAUAACAAACCCUAUGCAGAGCACUAGUGCUGUUGUGACUUUCAUUAUUCGCUAUAAAGGAGAAGUCUGUAGAGAAAAGGAUUCAUAUAAAGGGAUUUGCUGCGUUUCAUUAAAUGAUCAGAAGAACAAAUCAAAAA